UCCCCCCACCCCUUCCUCUUUCUCUCUCUCUCUCUGUCUCUCUCCGUCUCUCUCUCUCUGUCUUUCUAUGACUCGCAACAAAAGGCUGACGGAGUGAGCCUGACGUCUGAAUGAAUAGCCCAAACCUGCCAUGAAGGGAGAGAAGAGGGUGACGGAGCAGGCAAGAGGAGUCUGAGGAGAAAAGACACAAGUGAUCUGGUUGAAGAGGCGGAAAGAGGAGAGCGCGCCGAAGUGCUGAUUGCAGGCUGAAGACGAGUAGAGAACCAAUUUUUCUUUUCUCUUUUUUUUUCCUCCACCCCUCUUUGGAGAUUUAAAGGAGUUGAAGGCUUUAAUCGCGCGAGCGGGGGGGUGACGGUCGUAGUUCUCGCUCUCCUCCGCACUCCACCCCCACCUCGUCACCCACUGCCCUCCUGUGCCACCUUCCAUUUCUCUACCACCACCACCACCACCACCACCCCCUAUCCCUCCUCAAGAGUACCAGUCGUCUGAAAAAGAGAAAUGGAGGUUCUGGGGGUGAGGUGACGAAGGAGGGCAGAUUUGGAAACGAGCAGUGGGGAGAGCAAGAGAAGAUAGGAGGGAGGCUGGAGGAGGAGGGAGAGAGGAGAGGAUAACCCCGAGGGCAAACUGUGAGAAUCCCCUCAGACCUUACUUUUUUUUUUGUUUUGUACCCCUCUCUACUACAUUUCCUCUCUGCCAUGUGCAGCUCCUGAUUUGAAGAAUGUGGAGACAGCAUUUCCCAGGUAUUCGGCCCCAGAUUAUGAAUGGGCCUAUGCACCCACGCCCCCUGGUGGCGCUGCUGGAUGGGCGCGACUGCACCGUGGAGAUGCCCAUCCUCAAAGAUCUGGCCACCGUGGCUUUCUGCGAUGCCCAGUCCACACAGGAGAUACAUGAAAAGGUGCUGAAUGAGGCAGUAGGGGCCAUGAUGUACCACACUAUCACCCUGACCAGAGAGGACCUGGAGAAGUUCAAGGCGCUGCGCAUCAUUAUCCGCAUUGGCAGCGGCUACGACAACAUCGACAUCAAGGCUGCCGGGGAGCUCGGCAUCGCGGUAUGUAAUAUUCCCUCAGCAGCUGUAGAAGAAACAGCAGACUCAACACUAUGUCACAUCCUCAACCUGUAUCGACGAAACACCUGGCUGUACCAGGCUCUCCGUGAGGGCACGCGGGUCCAGAGCGUGGAGCAGAUCCGGGAGGUGGCGUCGGGGGCGGCCAGGAUCCGAGGAGAGACGCUUGGCCUCAUAGGAUUUGGUCGCUCAGGCCAGGCAGUGGCGAUGCGGGCCAAGGCGUUUGGCUUCAACGUGAUCUUCUACGACCCCUACCUCCAGGACGGCUUGGAGCGCUCACUGGGCGUUCAGCGAGUCUACACGCUCCAGGACCUGCUCUACCAGAGCGACUGCGUCUCCCUGCACUGCAACCUGAACGAACACAACCACCACCUCAUCAACGACUUCACCAUCAAACAGAUGCGUCAAGGUGCUUUCCUGGUCAACUCGGCACGGGGAGGUCUGGUGGAUGAGAAAGCUUUGGCUCAGGCCCUGAAAGAAGGCAGGAUACGGGGCGCCGCUCUGGACGUCCACGAGUCGGAGCCUUUCAGUUUUUCCCAAGGUCCCUUAAAAGACGCCCCUAACUUGAUCUGCACACCCCACACCGCCUGGUACAGCGAGCAGGCAUCACUAGAGAUGAGAGAGGCCGCCGCCACAGAAAUACGCAGAGCCAUCACUGGCCGUAUUCCUGACAGCCUCCGAAACUGCGUCAACAAAGAGUUCUUUGUCACCACGGCGCCCUGGGGGAUGAUGGAGCAGCAGCAGCCUCAAGUUCAUCCUGAGAUCAAUGGUGCCGCCUACAGAUUCCCUCCUGGCGUGGUAGGCGUCGCCCCUGGCGGGAUUCCCGGACCUAUGGAGGGGUUGGUGCCUGGGGGAGUGUCCAUUGCCCACACCCUGCCCCCUGGUACCCAUCCGUCACAGGCCACCUCCCCCAACCAACCCUCCAAACAUGGCGACACCAUGAGAGAGCACAUGACUGAGCCGUAGGACUGCUGCUGCUGUAACCGAGCAAUGAGGGGGGAAAAAAAAAAAACGAUGUAAACUAAACAAAAAAAAAAACCCAGCGACCUACCAACUCAACCAUCCAACUGUACGCUUGACUUCAGCCAUCUGAACCUACCAGCAGACUGCCUGCCGGGCAACGUUUCACACGUUUUUUCUUUUUGUAUGAAACCACUAAGCCCAAGUGAGGACAGUGGAUGUUAAGACACACAUGAGCUGCCACACUGAGAUGGGACUGACCGUCAAACUCAUGCGCCGAAGAUCCGAAACCUUUUCCCCCCCACCCAUAUCUGUUUUUGUUCUGCAUUGAUUUCAGUGGUAUUUUUUGUUUUUAUCUUCAUUUUUGAGUAUAUUUUAGGGAGAUUCCUCUUGACUUCUGGGACACGUUGACAUUACCACGUGCAGGAUGGAAAUCUGACCAACCCUCCCUGGUUUAAAAGAGGAGCUUGAAGAAACUGACUUCAUAAACAAUCCGUCAAGCCUCCGAUUUCCCUCCUUCCUCAGUCAGUUUCACCAAUUUCAUACAUGUCUUUUUUUUGUUUGUUUGUUUGUUUCUUAAAAAUUUUCUUCUGUUUAUCCUAUAUUCUGUGUUUCUGUUGCAAGUGAAUAUCUGUUUUUUUUCUGUUCUCCAGUGUGUGAAAAUGAAUGAAUUCACAGUUUAAAUGUACGUUUAGCAGACAAGAAAAAAAAGUCCGCUUCAUGAACAGCAGCAUCUGCCGUCUCCAUCAGAAAUCUGGACUCCAUCUUUGCUCUUUUUCUAAUUGUCGUGGUUGGUGGCCCCUGAAUGUAGAGACAAGAUGUGGGGCAGCUGAUGUGGUUUCCAGUUCUAGGAAGAAUAUUUUUGGCUUAUGAGGUAAAAAAAACAAAAAAACAACCCUUUACAACAAAAAAAAAAAAAAAAGAAGAAGAAAAAUCUGUGGUUAGAUAUUAUAUGUUGAGUGUGUCGCCUCAAUUAAAUAUCGCUGUUGUAACUUUUCCAACUCUGCUGAACUGAGGUACCUACAACAUUUGGUUAUCUGUUCGGACCUACAGUACAUUGCAGCACCAGCUCGUGAGGUAAAGGAAAAAAAAAAAAAACAGUAAAUUCUUACUGACUCAGGAACAAAAUAGUAACCUUCAAAUAUGUCCAAAUCUGAACAGAAAAGAAAAAGUCUGGAUUAUUGCUUUUCAUGUCUCCACCUCUUUCUCCAUUGUGGUAAUUUUUUUUGUUUUUGUUUUAUAUAUCAAAUGUAUGUUUUUUGAUGUUCAAGGUUUUCAGUCCUGUUAGAUUUGUAUUGCCUUGUUAAAUGUUCUUAUAAUCAUAGUCUUAUGUGAAUGACUCCCGCCUUCUCCUCCUUAUAGUUUCUUUCUAUAGUUUUCUGCUCUGAUGAAAGCCAGCUGUGGCUCUCGGAGGCAUCGAGCCCCCUAUGUGAACCAACGGCAGCCGCAUCCAACCCUUUUUAGCCCCACGACGUUAGCAAGAGACGGCUGCUAGCAGAUUGUUUGGUUUUUAGUGUGAGUAUUUGUAUUUGUUUAUUGUACAAGGUGAACAUAUAGCAUACAGUGCAGCUGGAAAACAAUAAAUAAAACUUACUGUUCUCAUUGA